AUGCCCCCAAGAUAUCUGCCCACAGACGCAUCCCUAAACGGAAGGGACACACCGUCGACCACAUCUCCCGCGACAAGUCGCCUUACUCCCCAAGAUGCGACCCCUCGACGGGUGCACCUCUGUAUCAAGAUGGCAAACUCGUCGUUUCAGCACGUUGCUGUCCCGUUCCCCAAGUCAUACCAGGAUGCCAUCGCACUAGCUCGACAGAUCUUCCCGAGCCAAUUCCAGGGCGUCCAGCAGUCCGACAUCGUCCUCAGGUGCGGGACGGCAAAAAAUGGAAAGCAGAUCUGGAGUGAAGUGAAGCCGCAAUUCUGGGCGCAGGUUGUUGAGAACGACGAUGAGAUACUGGUUGCCCGAAAGUCGGACCCGAUCACGAUGGACCAGUUUUCUCAAGCCUUCCGUGCCAUGGCCCCCAUUAGCGCCCAAGCACCCGCUCAGACCCACGCUGUCCCAUCAGUCACCUUUGUGCUAGGGAAGGGUGCACUGCAUAAUGCCGAGCGAGUCACUAUGUUUUUGCCAGACAGCUACGAGGACGCCCAACAAAAGGUCUUUGAGAACUUUGACCGCCAUGAGCUGUCCAAUGAGCGUAUCACCUCUGCGUCCCACGUCAAGCUGUUCACGGUGACUAGGGACUCCAGUCGGCUGUCCAUAUCGGGAUACAAGUGGUCUGCGUCGGCGAAGAGCGGUUGGAGGGAGAUUAUCACUGGGAUGAAAGCAGCUGGCACCGAUUUUGAGAUUGGGGUCCAAUCUACAAUCCCAAAACCUGCAUACGAUCCCUACGAUUAG